AUACAAUAUAUCUCUACUCAAUGCUCCUAAUAGGUAAAAGUCACUAGUUUUGGAGAGCACCUAUAACCUUCAAUGUUGGUUACAUGAUUACAUAUAUGGGAGUAUGUUGGUAAACAUGUGCAAUUUAUCGAUGGAAUAUUUUCGGUGCGGUGUUUGGAUUUGUUUAGGAGCCAGUGGGAGCCAGUUAAAGAGCUAAUGUGUUUAUGGUAUUUCGUUGCGCUGUUCACAAUAUGAAGCUCUUGACGCAUAACAUGCUCACUUCGAAAUGUAUGAAAGGAGUGACAGUGGGCUAUCCCCUUGGAAUUGUUGCAAAAGAUAUUAAGGUAUCAGAGACUGAAUUUAAUUCUGAAUUUGUUUCUAGAAUUAUCCCCAAAUUAGAUUGGAAUGCUUUAUGGAAAGCGGCUGAUAGUAUUGGUCACUCAGGAGAUUUACCCCAACAGCUUAUGGAGGAUUAUGAAAAUAAUGAGGAGUUUCUUAAAAAAGUUCACCAUGUUCUCUUGGAGGUGGAGAUCAUAAAUGGCGAUCUUGUGUGUCCAGAAUCUGGGAGGAAGUUUCCUAUUAGCCAGGGAAUUCCCAAUAUGUUGUUGAAUGAAGAUGAAUUGUGAAGAUUAUAAUAUAAUGCAUGGACAGACUCGUACAGUUUGUUAUCAUGUUGUGCAACAGGAAAAUACUAAUCCCUGCUUAAUUGCUGAAUGUAUAGAUUCUAAUUUUUAAAAAAAAUAAUGUUGAUUACCUGAAAAAAUGGUCAACGCUAUUAUGUUCCCCCCCCCCAAAAAAAUGGAUUGAGCAUGUAACGUAAUUUUGAUGGAAAUAUUAGGUUUUAUGCUUGAUGUAUAUAAUUUUUAUCUAUUUUGUGAAAUAAAUUUGAAGAUAUUUACAAGAAAUUAAACUUAUUGAACAUGAAAAAUUGUUUUGUAAAUGUUUAAUUUAUAAUGUUAUCAUAGGUUUGACAAGUAGCUCUACCUAUAGUGAAGUAUUCUCAUCCUAUUAAAAUAAAUACACGAUUGACGUGAUAUUAAAGUGUCUAACAACUUCACAGUAUACAAGCAUAUUUGAGUAAUAUAAUUUAUGGUUUCUGUGGAAGUGCCAUUCUUCUAAAUGUUUUAAUCGCGUUGUUAUUUCAAUAGGAUUCUGUUGGGAAUUAUUUUGAGAAGGUAGUUACUGCUCAUAAAUCGCUACUACUUGUACUUUUAUUUAUUAACUGUUGAAUAAAUAUUUCCGUGAGAGAUAUUUUUUGUUUUUUAACAUCUUAUUCACCUUGUUUCCAAAAGAAGACUAGGCUUUUGUUAUUUAGAUUACACACUUUUAUUUGAGAGAUGAAAAUUGUAUUGCUGUACUUUCUUGUAAACCUUUGAUCCAGAAGAAGAGAAACAGUGGACUGUGCACAGGUCGGGUAAUGUUUUUAACAAGGAUGUGCUGAGUGGUAUUUAAAUAAACACUAUGAACUUCAAAGAUUUUGAUAUU